AAAACGGUAACGCUAGUGUCUUUCAACAAACGUAUAAACGCUGAGGAAGUGGACUUGUCCGAUGUCAACUUGCCCUGAUAUGCAAAUUCAGUCGACAAUAUGUAAUAUUUUUCAUGACUUGAACAAUAAUCGACGAAAAGCACUAUAAACAGUUAUGCCAGCUCACCCGGCUGCCAGAGAACCCGAGGAGGAGAUGGAGACAGAGGCCGACCCCGAGGUUCCUCAGACUAAUGGGGAGGUAGAGGAGGAGCGAGAGGGAGGAGAGGCGGAGGAGACAAUGGAGGAGAGUGGAGAGGAGAGGGACAGCGACCUGGAGGAGAGUGAGCCUGAGGAGGAAGAGGAAGAAGAGGAGGAAAGUUCAGAAAUGGAUGAUGAAGAUUGUGAGAGGAGACGAUUACAGUGCCUAGAUGAAAUGUCUGAUCUAGAAAAACAGUUCCUUGAGUUAAAAGACAAGCUUUUUCAAGAACGUCUGAACCAGGUUAAGUUGAAGCUAGAUGAGGUUUUGACAGGAAAGGCAGGAGAGUACAGAGAACCCUUGGCAACACUGCAGCAGAACCUACAGCAGCGAACACAAGUGGCAGGUGACACGCAUCAGGAGGCAUACAUCUGCUUCACGAUAUCUCUCUUAAAUAUGAAGCACGGGUCAACUGUUAAUUCUCCUCCUGUAGGUGUGUACAGAGAACUUUGUCUGCAGGUGGUCAGACACAAAUAUGAUUGUGAAGUGCAGGGGGCCAGACAACAUCUGGAGAGUGAGAGGACACUCUUAUUUGAUACCAUGAAAACAGAACUGUUGGAGAAGAUCCGCAGACUAGAAGAGGACAAACAGAGCGUAGACAUCACCUCGGAGUGGUGGAAUGAUGAAGUAAGGAUGAAGAAAUGUAAGAGAAGGAGUCACCUGAUUCGCCCAGACAGGAAGAAGAAGGCAGCUCUUGUGUCGGGGCCAUACAUAGUGUAUAUGCUAAGAGACAUUGACAUACUAGAGGACUGGACGGCCAUCAAGAAGGCAAAAGCGGCACUGGUGCCUCUGAAGAAGAAAGCAGACAACAGGCAGGUGGCCGUGCGAUGCGAAGGUGGAGCUCUCUUCUGUGAUGGAGAGAGAUUCUCCAAAGGCAGCAGCGUCGUUCUAGAAGUCAAUGACGACAGCCCGGCACAGGCAGUGAUAACGGGGAUCAGCGCCGGAGAGGUCUGGUUCAAGCGCACAGAUGGCACCAAAACCAAAAUCUACAUCUCCCAACUUCAGAAAGGCAAAUACACCAUACGGAAAGCUUAGAGAGGAUAAACGUUACGCUCGGAGAGAGUGUGUGAACCUACCCUUUAAUAAUUAACAAAUAACACACACCUUUAAAACAGCUUAUAAAAAUGCAGUUAAAAGCUAUGCACUGGUAUUGAUUAGACCAGAGACUUUGUGUAUUGUGAUUUAUGAUCACUGAUUAAUUUAGUCUUUUUUAUAUACGUAUUUUAUUAUGGUUAUAAUAAUAAUAAUAAUAAGAGGGAUCUGGUUCCAGAGCAACACUGUUGGCAUCAAGUAGGCAUUUUCUAGUGCAGCUAAAAGUCAUUUAUUAAUUCAUACACAACACAGACUUACAAAUCAUGUUGACCAAAUGCUAAAAGACCAUUUGGAGUCUUUCUGUAUCAUAAAGCUUAUCACACUGUAUACAUUCAUAACACUUCAUACUGACCUUAUAUGAAGUCUGAUACACACUCAUUGUGCAUUUGUUUGUUUGUCUGUUUGUCAUUUAAAAUGAUUAUUAAAGUCUAUCUGAUGCACACUAAAUACACCACAGGGGCAAAAAGGACUGCGCUCACGCAUCGACUCUUACAUUUUAUGCCGCAGUUGCUUCUUUAAAUAGAUCUUGGAUCUGUUUUUAAUAGAUAAGGUUUGUACAUUAUAAGGAAAAGCGCUGUCUCUACUCAGAACGCAAGAGAACACAAUCAAACACCUUGAAUUGCGAUUGCACUUAGAAAAACGAGAUGUAACUUUUUUUUUUUCAGUACAUUUUGAAAGACUGUUAUUGUAAUACAUAGUAUUUAUAGACAUCUGUAAAGUGAUCUGAAACAGAGGGUGCUUUUUAAAACUUAUUUAUGAAGUGUUGGAGAUAAUCAUGUAUUUAUAACAAGAAGCAUUAUUAAAAUCUGAAGUUUUAUUACA